GACUGGACAACGCGUACCAUAGGUACUUCAAGUACCGUAGGUAUAAAAUAGACCCACCAAGUGGUCCUUUAGCCUCUUGUUCAGUAACUCCGAUACCCUGGCCUCCCCGCGGCGCUGGCCGGGAUACUAGUAACCAUUGGAGAGAUCGGGUAACCAACCCCGGUGGGAACUUUGGUAGUAUGCUGACAGGGUAAGGGGGGCUCCACCCUCUUCGGAGGGUGUAGCUGUACCGUUAGGCUUCGAGACAAAAGUCCCCGUUACGGUGUCGAGAGAAAACCGCAGCUGGGUCCCGGAAGCUGCAAGGUGGCAGCCCCACCCCGAGACUAGGUAUUCGCAGCCCUGGUUAGGCGGCAUACCGAAGCGAAACACCAACUCAGAAAAACAAAAGAAGAAAUUCAGGACGGAUAAAUCGGCAUCAGACCAGGCGAUGUAAAAAGGACAACGAUUGGAAACUCGGUACUUGGAACGUUCGAACUCUCCAAGAUCCUGCACGUGCUGGCCUUCUUGCCCGGGAGCUGCACAAGCUGAACGUGCAUGUGGCCGCCAUCCAGGAAGUUCGAUGGCCCGGUCAUGGAGAGCGAGAAUUCACGGCGGUGGACCCCAUCGCCAACACCUCUUUCAAGUACCACAUCUACUACAGUGGCGGCGAAAAGGCGAUGCACGGAGUCGGUUUUGUAGUGAUUGGGGAUCAGAAGAACCGAGUCAUCAAGUGGAAGGUGGUGAAUGACCGGAUCUGCGUGUUGAGAAUAAAGGGCAAAUUCUUCAACUACAGCCUGAUCAACAUCUACGCGCCGACAAACGACAAGCCCGAUGACGAUAAAGACGCUUUCUACGAGCGUCUCGACAAGACCUAUGGAGAGUGCCCAAGACACGACGUGAAGAUAGUCAUCGGAGACGCAAACGCGCAGGUCGGAAAGGAAGCCUUCUUCCAUCCUGUCAUCGGCAAGGAGAGCCUUCAUCCUCGCACGAAUGACAACGGCCUACGUUUGGUCAAUUUCGCCGCAGCCAGAGGAAUGGCUAUCUGUAGCACCUUCUUUGCGCGCAAGAACAUUCGGAAGCACACCUGGCGCCACCCAAAUGGCGAAUCGUGCACUCAAAUCGAUCACGUUUUGGUGGAUGGUCGACACUUCUCGGACGUGAUGGACGUCCGAUCGUACAGAGGACCGAACAUCGACUCUGAUCACUUCCUGGUAGCGUGCAAGAUCCGAGCUAGGCUGUCGAACGUGUUGACCCCACGGACUGCGAGGAUAGCGCGGUUGAACGUCCAGCGCCUCGCGAGCAGCGACGUUGCUGCAGAGUACAGUCGGAAGCUCGACGAGCGGAUCAACGAGGACGCGCCUACAGUGAUUGGCACGACCAGAGGACGCAAACCCAAAGGGUGGUUCGAUGCGGAGUGCCAGCGAGUGACGGACGAGAAGAACGAGGCCAGAAAGCGUAUGCUGGUUAAGGGUACGCGCCGAAACUGUGAGCGAUACAGUGAGCUGCGAAGAGCUGAGAAACGAACCCACCGCCGAAAAGAACGGGAGUACGACGAGAGAGUACUUGCCGAAGCUCAAGCACAGUACAACGCGAAUGAUAAGCGGAGGUUUUAUGCAACUGUCAACGGUGAAGGUAACCUGUUGACAGAUAAGACAGCGGUAGCGGCCAGGUGGAAGGAGCACUUCCAACAGCUGUUGAACGGUGAGACGCGAGAGGGAAUCGUCGAGGACAGGAUGAACGUUGAGGAUGAUGGAAUAGCUGUGGACCCGCCUACGUUGGAGGACGUGGAAAAAGCCGUAAAGGAGCUCAAGAACGCGAAAUCCGCGGGAAAGGACGGACUUCCGGCCGAACUUUUCAAGCACGGGAGCGCGCGGAUGAUCGAGAUUCUGCACCAAAUCGUCCAGCGAAUUUGGUGCGAAGAACAGCUUCCGACCGACUGGUUAGACGGGCUCAUCACCCCAAUCUACAAGAAAGGGCAAAGACUCGAUUGUGCCAACUAUCGAGGCAUCACAAUCCUCAACUCAGCGUACAAAGUACUAUCCCGAAUCCUGUGGAGCAAGCUGAGACCCUUGACCGAGACCUUUGUCGGCGAAUACCAGUGCGGUUUUCGAGCGGGUCGGUCAACGACGGAUCAGAUGUUCACUCUGCGACAAAUCCUCGACAAGUUCCGGGAGUACAACCUGCAAACACACCAUUUGUUCAUCGACUUCAAGGCGGCGUACGAUUCAGUCAAAAGAAACGAACUUUGGAAAAUUAUGCUAGAACACGGCUUUCCGGCGAAGCUAAUUAGACUGAUUCGUGCAACGCUCGACGGAGCAAAAUCAAGCGUGCGAAUAGCUAACGAGACAUCUGAAGCUUUCGUUACGUUGGAUGGAUUGAAGCAGGGCGAUGCUCUCUCGAACUUACUGUUCAUCAUAGUGUUGGAGGGUGCUGCUCGAAGGGCAGGCGUGCAAAGAAACGGAACACUCAUCACUAAAUCGCACAUGCUGCUUGGAUACGCUGACGACAUCGACAUCAUUGGUAUCGACCGUCGGUCAGUGGAGGAGGCGUUCGUCCCUUUCAAGCGGGAAGCUGCGAAGAUCGGACUGACCAUCAACACUGCCAAGACCAAGUAUCUGGUUGCUGGCAGAGCGCGUGGCAGUGCAGGUGAUGGUGUUUCGGAGGUGGAAAUAGAUGGAGAAAGAUAUGAGGUGGUGGAUGAGUUUGUAUAUCUUGGUACACUUGUGACGUGCGACAACGAUCCAGCUAAGGUCCCGCAGCCUAAGGACGCCUACGAAAAUCACGCUGUACAGGACCUUGAUACUCCUGUAGCUCUUUACGGUCACGAGUCGUGGACGCUAAAGGAGGCUGACCAGAGAGCACUUGGGGUCUUCGAGCGGAGAAUCCUGCGUACUAUCUUCGGCGGCAAGCAAGUAGGAGACCGGUGGCGCAGGCGCAUGAACUUCGAGCUGUACCAAGACUACAAACAUGCUGAUAUCGUAAAAGUCAUCAAGCACGACAGGCUGAAGUGGGCUGGACAUGUAGCCAGAAUGUCGGACGAGCGGGCGGCUAAAACGAUAUUCAGCAGCGAACCUGGACGGGGUCGUCGGCUUCGUGGAAGGCCUCGUACGCGUUGGCUGUGUGCAGUCGACGAAGAUGCAAGAGCGGCCAACAUUGUGGGCGACUGGAGACGAGCGGCCCAAGAUCGAGCAUCCUGGAAAUCUUCGAUUAGUUCAGCGUUGGGUCGAUAG